AUGAAUAGGAGGAUUGUUCAAGAAAUUUUGCCUGUAAUUGUGAUAGGAUUUCUUAAUGACUGGCUACUCCGUGGAUUGGUUUUAGUCAGCCUCCUCUUACAAAUUGAGCUCGUCCUCCUAGGCAGUAGGAGAAAAUAUACACCCGGAAACUUGCUUAGAUUGAUCAUUUGGCAAGCUUACACAACCAAAGAUGCGAUAGUUGAUAUCUUUAUUGGCUUACUCUUCAAGUGCCAAGGAGCUGGUGAAGAUAACUCAUCACAACAAAACGAUAUGAUAAACGCAUUUUGGCUAGCAUUUCUGCUACAACACCUUGGAGGCCCGGACACCAUCACAGCCUAUUCUUUAGAAGACAAUGAAUCAUGGAAAAGACAAUUCAUUCAGAUACUCUUGAAGUUUGUGUGGGCAUUGAGCAUCUUUUUAAGGUCCUGGAAGGGCACACCACUCAAUAUUAUAAGCAUGCCAAUGUUUGUGACAGGACUGAUCAAGUAUGGGGAGAAAACUUCGUUUCUAAGGGCCGGAAGCAAUGAUCAUCUUAGAAAAACCAUGAUCCGUCGUCGAUACCGAGGGCUUACUGACCCGGCCCACCGGCCCACCCCAACGGGGUCCUCAGGGCCCACACCGAACGGGUCCUCAGGGCCCACACCAAACGGGUCCUCAGGGCCCACACCGAACGGGUCCUCCGGGUCCACCUCGCCCGGGUGCCCCUGGCCCCCUCCGACCGGGUGCCCCUGGUCCCCCCCGAUCGGGUGCCCCUGGCCCCCCCCGACCGGGUGCCCCUGGCCCCCCCAGACCGGGUGCCUCUGCCCCCCCACCCCCUCGACCAGGUGCCCCCCAGUCCCCCCUGACCAGGGGCCCAGCUGUGCGUGUGCCACAUUCAUGGCAGGGUGUAAUGGACAUUGUUGUGACGCUUUCAUGGCAGAAUAUGAUGGGGUCAGUUAUGCCCCAUUCAUGGCAAAGUGUGAUUCCAAGAAAGCUCAGGGAUAUUUGGUUUCAUGCCAGCCAGAAAGUGAAAUAUCUGAGGUGGUGUAUAUACCUUCACCAGACCCCAUCCCAGAAUCUUCGCCAAACCCCAGAAACAAAAGCAAUCCAGUUGCAACCCCUUCGCAAAAGGCUAAUGAAUUCUUCCCCAAGUUCAAGCGUUUAUUUACAGAUGUCGUCCUUGAGCCGACAGAUCUUGAACCAAGCAAGUUGUUUUUCAAGAAUAUAUCUUGGACAGAAGCUUUCGAAGUGAUUGAGAUUGAGCUUGGAUUCAUGUAUGACAUCUUCCAUACCAAGCGAAUGGUGGCUUAUGAUGAAUGGGGUUUGGUACGCCGUUUCAUCUGUCUAUUUUCAGCAAUCUCAACAUUCAUGGUCUUCUUGACAAUUGACAAGCAUGAGUACUCAAAUAUUGACGUGAUUAUAACAUGGUUGUUGCUGGUUGAGACAAUUGUUCAGGAGAUCUAUUCUAUUAUUCUACUGUGUUCCUCUGACUGGACCAUGAAUUGGUUGAGCAAACAAGACAAAACACGAGUGACGGUUCUCAUUUGUGAAGCCAUAUCUAGUUGCCGACUACCUUUUCUAUUCCCUGCAAACAAGAGAUGGUCUGAUUCCAUGGCACAGUACAGUCUGAUAAGUUACAGCCUCAAAAAAUUGCCUAUCAAGUUCAGUGAGGUCUGGGAGUUCUUUGGCAUUUCUCAGAUAUUGGAGGAGUUCAGUGAGGUCUGGAAUUUCUUCUGCAUUUGUCCGAAGUUGGAUGAGUGUUCUUCUAAGAAUUCAAAUGUUGUCCCCAAAUGUUUGAAAAUUUUGAUCUUUGAACAGCUUAUGGAGAAAUCCACAAUUGCCUUAGACAUUGAGGCAGCCAAGCAAUUAUGUGCUCGCAGAGGAGAUUGGAUACUUGAAAAGAUGAACUGUUUCUCUAGAUUGGGUUGGAGCACUGGGGGAGAAUUCGACCAAAGCAUUCUCCUCUGGCACCUAGCAACUGAUCUCUGCUACUAUACUGAUCUAAAUAAAAAAUCAAGCCCUGCCGAGAACUCAAACCGUAAAGCAAGCAAGCUGCUAUCAGAUUAUAUGGUGUAUCUUCUGGUCAAGCACCCCGUUAUGUUGCCUGAUGGAAUUGGACAAAUCCGAUUUCAAGACAGCUGUGCUGAGGCCACGGACAUUUUUAAGUGUGUAAAAGAUAGAAUCCAAGCUUGUAAAAAGUUACUUCUUCAAGUGAACACUGAAAUUCCACAAUUGAAAGUGAAGGGAGAUAGAAGCAAGUCAGUGUUAUCCGAAGCCUGUAGGCUGGCCAAGUCUUUGCAAUCCCUGGAGACAGAAGAGGAAUGGAAUUGUGAAAAGAAAUGGGAGUUGAUGAGUCAUGUGUGGGUAGAGAUGCUAUGUUAUGCUGCAUGUCACUGUCCAAGGAAUCACCAUGCCGAGAAGCUAAGGCUAGGUGGAGAGCUGCUCACUCAUGUCUGGCUUCUCAUGGCUCAUUUUGGUAUUACUGAACAUGUAUGCCAGGAUUAGGCUGGUUGUGAAUUAGGAAUGCUGAUGACAAAGAGAUUGGGUCGAUUUUCUCCAUUUCCAUGGAAAUUCCUUUUUUCUCAAAAAUGGUUUUCAAUCCUUUUAUUCAAAGGAGUUUCUAUUGAGGUGGUGAGAGUUCCACCAUUGUUGCAUUUGCUUUAAGUUUCAUUUUAAAGGUGGAGUCUUUCCUUAGAACUGUUA